GUAGGAUGCGAGAAAUGGAACGAAUGAUUGUAUGAAAGAGAUAGGAAUGUGGUAUGAAAGUGUUGUGUGAGAGAGACAGUAUGAAUGGAAAAUUAAGCUUGCUGAUUGGUUCACGGCAGUGUGAUAUUCUUUUUGGAAACUAUGGUGGAUUCGGUUAAGACGAGAGUUUUUGGCUUAUGUUUUAAAUAAAACUAAAAGUGGUUUAAGAUAAAUAUUCUUGUUAUUUCUGCUGGACACCCCAUCCCACAUUUUGGGGGCUCGUCCGGGAUGGUGCAGAAAUUUAUGUGAACCAGCAGAUUCUAAAGAUACGACGAGGAAGACUAAAAACGACGCGUGGGAGCGACCAUAUUUGAAUCAUACCGGAGGACGGAAAAUUUAAUUACGACGACACGACGACUACGACGAUAUCCGUUUCGACCGACUGAUUCAUCCGCUUCAAACAAUAAGAUUACGACGAAAACAUGCCUAAAGAUCGACAGAGAUACGACGAAGACGCACCACUGGUUUCCAAUCAGAGUUUGAUGUACGUAGAAGAGGCGAUUCCGAAGUUUUCCGGUAACGAUGCGUCCUACACAGCGACAAACUGGGCACAAGAAGUGGAGGAUAACACAGAGAUUUUCGAUUUAACUCCAAUCCAGCAGCUACUUAUCGCCAGGCGAACUUUGACUUCUACUGCAGCGGCGUGGCUCCGUACUGAGAAAACCUUUAAGAGCUACGAUGAUUUGAAAGCGGCAUUAUUCAAAGAGUUUCCAGAUGUUAUCAAUACUAAAGAAAUCCACGAAAUGAUGAGUGAACGGAAAAAACGCAAGGACGAAAGUUGUUACGAUUACAUGCUCGAAAUGAAGGCACUGGGCAAGCGAGGAAGGUUAGCCGACUAUGUGGCUAUUCAAUAUAUUAUAGAAGGCAUACUCGAUCGCGAGACUAACAAGAUCAUGCUAUACGGCGUUACGACUUACCCUGAACUGAAAGAAAAACUAAAGUUAUACGAGACAUUUAAGACUAGCAUCAAGAAAGAAUAUACCAAAACCAGUUCAAGUUCCAGCAGCGGCGAAGCAAGUCGUUAUAGAAAGCAAGGUCGUCCAGCGGCGGCGGUGCGUUGUUUUAGCUGUGGGAAAAUGAAUCAUACAUCUGCGGAGUGUCCAGAUCGUGAAAAAGGACUAAAAUGCUUCCGAUGUAAUGAAUUCGGACAUAUGAGUCGUCUAUGCCUAGGUGGCAAGCAGGUUAAAUCACUUGGGAGGUUUGUUACGACUUUUGAACUUGAUAAACAAUGCUUCGAAACAGUGUUUCAUAUUGUUCCCUAUGAGAUUAUGCCAUACGAUAUAAUAUUAGGCCAAGAGUUUUUGUGUAAAGCUAUAGUAGUUAUCGACAAGGGUUCAGUCACGGUUUUACCUCAAUCGCACGAUAUGUGUUUAAAUCAUUUGUGUGCUGUAGCGAACGAAGUAGGAUGUCCUCAGUAUCUGGUUACAGAUCCUCGGAUACAAGACGAAGUGCAGCAAUUGGUGAGUGGUUAUGUUCCGAGAAAAGUGAAGAAGUCUCCAAUGGAAAUGAAGAUUAUUUUGAACGACGAAAUCCCUAUAGCGCAACGUCCGAGACGUCUCUCUAUGUUUGAGGAAAAAGAAGUUGAUAAGCAAAUAGGUGAGUGGCUUGAUGAUGGUAUUAUUAGACCUAGUUUUUCGGAAUAUGCCAGUCCACUAGUGCUAGUCAAGAAAAAAGAUGGAACUACAAGAAUUUGUAUAGAUUACAGAAAGCUUAAUGCAAAGAUGGUGAAAGAUGAGUUCCCCUUACCUGUCAUAGAAGAUCAUAUUGAUAAAUUGUCUCAUUCAAAA